ACAUGCUCGCCAUCGCUUGCUCGACUUCCGCUGAGUGUGUGACAUUAGAGAGAAAGUAGCACUUAGAGAAAGCAAUUAGUGUUUUGCAGGGCACAUGACAUGUCAAUUACCUCAUCAGAUGUCGUCCCAGUUCAUGAUUUUAUUUAUGUCUUCUUUCCAUUAAUUUAUUUUAAGUAUAACGAAAAAGUUUGAUCAAAAUUAAAGAUGGAAGAAUCGGAGUCUCUAAUCAACCAAGGCCCCACACCUAUUGACAAAUAUCAUUUGGUUUAUAUAAUAACUUAUUUGUUAGGGGUUACCACUCUCUUGCCAUGGAACUUUUUUAUCACAGGAGAAAAGUAUUUUCACUUCAAGUUAAGAAACACAACACUGCCCGGCAACAUGUCAGAUGUUACACCAUUGCAACAGUACUUUGAAAGUUCCCUUGCUGUUUCAGCAACAGUCUCAAACGUCCUCUGUAAUAUAAUUGUGGUAAUAAUUGUAAAACGUGUUGGCAUGAAGACCCGCUUCACUACGUCAUUCGUAUCGAUAAUGCUACUGCUUGGGCUGACUGUAAGUUUUGUGAAGGUCAAUACAAACUCUUAUCAAACUGCAUUUUUCGUCAUUGUUCUCUUGACAAUAAUAUUUCUAAGUGGAUCAUCUGCUGUAUUGAAUGCCACGGCCCUUGGUUUCGCCAGUAUAAUGCCAACGAAAUACAUCAAUGCCUUAAUGGGUGGACAGGCUCUCGGUGGAACAUUUGCUUCUUUGGCAAAUAUCCUGGCAUUAGCUACGCUUCCUUCAGUUACAGACAGUGCUCUCCUAUACUUCAUAAUUGCUAUCCUAGUCACCAUUUUAACCUUCUUUGGAUAUUUCUAUUUAUACAAAUUGGAAUUUUCAAGAUAUUAUAUAUUCAGAGAGGGUAGUUCCUAUAUUUAUGAUGUCCAUGAAAAUGAUAAAAUAAUCAAUAAACGCCAAGUUCAGUCCAGUAUCUGGAGUGUCUUUUUAAAAAUUUGGAAAUGGGGGUUUGCAGCACUGUUGACCUUUGCUGUAACACUCAGUUGUUUUCCUGCUGCUUCCUCUAGUAUUCAACCAAUCAAUGACCUCGGCUGGUUCGAACGGUUCUAUAGUCCAGUUGUGAACUUUUUAGUAUUCAACGUGACAGACUUGUUAGGGAGAAUCAUCGCAGGCAAAACUCGUUUUUUGUUCAAACCAAAAUCUUCGACGUUGUUCCUAAUUACUGCACUGCUGCGCCUGGUGUUCAUCCCGCUGAUAAUGCUGUGCAAUGUGCAACCACGUGAACACAUGACUGUAUUGUUUGACAACGACUAUGCUGCAGGAAUAAUCAUCUUCUUCCUGGGACUUAGCAAUGGUUUCAUUAGUAACACAAGUAUGAUGCUUGCACCACGUUUGGUUGAAAACCAUGAAGCAGAACAGACAGGCACCUUGCUAUCAUUAUUUGUCACAAUUGGUCUUGCAGUAGGCUCAUGUUUUUCAGUUUUAGUUAUCAAAUUGGUAUAACCAUUUUAAUCGAUAUUUUUUA